UCCCGUACGGCAGAGUGAGGGAAGCGCGUUGCAUUGUGGGCGUACAAACAGCACAGAGGGGGACAACACAGACCACAAAGGAAUGAAGGCAGCACCUCCUGUGACUUUUAGGAGCCUUUUGUUGUGAUGUAAAUCUGCCUGAGCGGUUAAUAAACUGUGAGCUGGAGCGGCUGGCAGGCGGACAACUGCCUGACAAGAGCGGGGAAUGUGAGCGGCAGCAGCGGCAGGGCGCGCGGCUGUCUCCGACUGCUUUUUGUCAGCUUAUCCAUCAGCAUCCAGAGGCCACGGCUCUCUUCCCAGGCCUCCCGCCCGAAGGACAGAUUUCCUGUAAAGAGCAGCCUGGACUCCAAAAUGGGGGUGAAAACCUUCACCCACAGCUCCACCUCCCACAGCCAGGAGAUGCUCGACAAACUAAACGCCCUGCGCAAUGAGGGACACCUGUGUGACGUCACCAUCCGGGUCCAAGACAAGCUCUUCCUGGCUCAUAAAGUGGUCUUGGCCUGCUGCAGCGAAUUUUUCCGCUCCAAGCUCGUUGGCCGACCAGAAGAAGAGGAAAAGUUUGUGUUGGACCUUCAUCAUGUGACCGUCAGCGGGUUCGCUCCACUUUUGGAAUACGCCUACACCUCCACCCUUUCCAUCAGCACAGAGAACAUCAUUGACGUCCUGGCUGCUGCUAGCUACAUGCAGAUGUUUGCUGUGGCUAGCACGUGUUCGGAGUUCAUGAAGUCCAGUAUUCUGUGGAGCCCGACUAACAACAACGGCCCCAGCAUCGCAGCGGAUAAACCACAUGAGGCGGCGGCCGAGAGCGCCUCGUCGAACUGUGUCCUGACGCCGCUGGACGGCAGCGUGUCCCCUGUGUCGUCCGACUGCAGCGUGAUGGAGAGGAACGUUCCCAUCUGCCGGGAAUCCCGACGGAAAAGGAAAAGCUUUGUAACGAUGGCGUCGCCGGAGAGUCCGCUCAAAUGCACUACACAGAUGGUCACCACCUCCCCUCAGAUUCCCAACCCCUCCCCUUCGUUCUCGGACGGGCCCGCCCCGCCGGUGGAGUCCUCCCUGGCCUUUCCCUGGACUUUCCCUUUUGGCAUCGACCGAAGGUUCCACUCGGACAAAUCAAAGCUGCCAGAGAGCCCCCGCUGUUUAGAGCAGGGCGCCCCGGGGACCUCGGAGGGCGUGGUCGCCCGUCGGCUCAGCGACUUCCUGACAUGCGAGAGCUCCAAGGUGGUGUCCUCGCCGGCGGCAACGGAGGAGGAAGAUGUGAGGGUAAAGGUGGAGCGCCUCAGUGAUGAGGAGGUUCAGGAGGCAUCAUCACAGCCGGUCAGCGCCUCUCAGAGCUCCAUGAGUGACCAGCAGACGGUGCCAGGGAGCGACCAGGUCCAGGAAGAGCUGCUAAUCAGUCCUCAGUCCUCUUCUAUAGGCUCAAUGGAUGAAGGAGUGUCUGAAAGCUUGCCUUCUAUGCAGAGCACCUCUAAUGCUGCAGGACACACAGAGGAUGAUGAGAGGCUGGAAGGUAUUCAGUAUCCAUACCACCUCUAUAUAAGCCCCUCAGCUCGACCCGGCACCAACGGCCCUGAUCGACCCUUUCAAUGUCCGACCUGUGGAGUCAGAUUCACACGAAUUCAAAACCUGAAACAGCAUAUGCUCAUACACUCCGGCAUUAAACCUUUCCAGUGUGACCGCUGUGGGAAAAAGUUCACACGGGCCUACUCCCUAAAGAUGCAUCGGCUGAAGCACGAAGGUAAACGCUGUUUCCGGUGCCAGAUUUGUAGCGCCACUUUCACGUCCUUCGGUGAAUAUAAGCACCACAUGAGGGUCUCCCGACACAUAAUCCGCAAGCCGCGGAUUUAUGAGUGCAAAACAUGCGGCGCCAUGUUCACCAACUCUGGCAAUUUAAUUGUACACCUGAGGAGUCUGAACCAUGAGGCAUCCGAGCUAGCAAACUACUUCCAGAGCAGUGAUUUCCUCGUGCCCGACUACCUGAGCCAGGUGCAGGAGGAGGAGGAGGCACUGGGCGUUCCGUACGAGCUGGAGGAGUCCCAACAUCACCCGGUCUACCCGGGCAGCACCUCCAACGCCACCGCUGCCGCCUCUUCCUCAGUCCAGAUGCCCGUCAUCUCCCAGGUCUCCUCUUCCACACAGAACUGUGAAAGUUCCUCUGGCUUCCUCUCACCCGAGCCCCUGGACCCCCUGGAAGUGCCGACCUCCAAUAAGACGGACGCCGACGAGGCGGCGGCCAUGACGGAGGAGAUCAAAAUGAACGACGGCGUCAGAGGCAGUUCCCCAGAGGUGUUUGAAGAGGAGCAGCAGUAUCAGCAGCAUGCUGAGGCCAAGGAGGUGGCUUCCAUCACCAUAGAGUGAUUCAAGGCUUCUGCCUGCCUCUCAUGUCUUAUUUUGCACUCAGGUCAUAUGGGAAAAGGAUGCUAAGACUGAAAGGAACCACCUGGAAAGCUGCGCCUGCGACCCGCAGCAGGGCUCUCUCAAGACUUUAUGGCAUCGUUCUCCAUGCAAAGCUUCCCCAAGGUUCAGAGUUCUCCGAGUUCCCUCCAGCUUCAUCAGUCUGGGAGUUAACAGUAUUUUUCAUAGUAGAUUUAUCUUGUUUCCCAUAUGACUUGAAUGCAGCACCAGCUGUAGUUAUUGAAGUGUUAGCCAAUUGGAGGUCUGUUCAUUCCAAGCCUUGCUCUACUUUUAGAAAGUGCCUGAGAGUUCACACUUUAGCAAAGUCACGUAGAAGAAGAGUGGCAAAUCAAAGUCUUUGCAAACAGAGCUAAAAUAGUCCUUGUAUUAAAUUAGUGACAGUAAUGCUAGUUUGUAUGGACAGACUGUGUUCCUCAUCGGGUGCUGUUGCUAUUGGCCAAUUAUUACAUGUUAAUAUUAAUCAAUCCUGCAAUAGCUUGUACUGUACUUCUAUAUGAAUGCUGUCUGUUGGGUGUUGCUCUGCGAUGUGUAAGGUGUGCGUGUAUGUGCAUUUCUAUGACCCUUAUGAACACAGUAUGUUUUCCCUUUUUAAAUGGUUCAAACUUUAGCUAGACUGAGAAAGAACUUCCUAACGGUUUAUCUUUUAUUCGUCUGUGAAGAAUGUUGAUAAAUCCAACCUUGGUUCUUUCAAAAAUGCCAAAUUCUCUGAUUUUGGGUCUUUGAUCAGAGGAGGUCUUUAACUAAACGGCAUAAACAGUUCAAGGUUGUUAAUUAGUAGGCAUGGGCUGGACCGGGGAUUCUCACAAUGCUUCUAAAU